UCACCUACAACGCAGCCAGAAGGGCUAUGUACACUCCAGCUUUUGAUUUUAAAAAAUCAGAGUUUCUGUGUCCAAAAUUAGAGCUGAACUUAAUUUUUUUCACAAGAGAGGUUGCUUGAAGGAAUCAUGAAGAACAGAGAGGCAUUCGGUCUGUGGAAAAGGCAAGUCCUAAUUCUCUUUGUUUUGCUGGGAUUGUCUUGGGUGUGUUCUGAAUCUGUGCGAUAUUCUGUGGCAGAGGAAAAAGAAGUUGGCUUUUUUGUGGCCAAUUUGAUAAAUGAUCUGGGGUUAGGGGUAGAGGAGCUGUCUUCACGGGAGGCCCGGGUGGUAUCUGAUGAUAAUGAAAAGUAUUUGCAUCUUGAUUUGCUGACUGGAGAUUUGUUCUUAAAUAAGAAACUGGACAGAGAAGAACUGUGUGGCUCUAUAGAGCCUUGUGUGCUGCAUUUUCAGGUAGUGUUGGAAAAUCCUUUACAGUUUUUCCAGGCUGAGCUGCAUGUAACAGAUAUAAAUGAUCAUUUCCCUACGUUCCUGGAUAAGGAAAUACUUUUGAAAAUAUCGGAAAGCACCACAAUAGGAACCACAUUCUUAAUGGAGAGUGCUCAAGAUUUGGAUAUAGGAAGAAACAGUCUCCAAAAUUAUUCAGUUAGCUCCAAUUCUCAUUUCCAAAUAAAAACUCAAGAUAGUGGGGAUGGAAAAAUAUACCCAGAACUAGUCCUGAACAAAGAAUUAGAUCAUGAGGAACAAUCAGAGCUCAGAUUAACACUCACAGCACUGGACGGUGGAUCCCCACCCAAAUCCGGGACAACACUGAUUCUCAUUAAGGUCUUGGAUAUAAAUGAUAAUGCCCCAGCAUUUCCUCUGACACUCUAUAAGGUGGAGGUUCAGGAGGACACAUCAGUUGGUUCCUGGAUUAUCACCAUCUCUGCUAAGGAUCUGGAUGCAGGAAUUUAUGGGAAAAUAUCUUACACAUUUUUGCAUGCAUCAGAAGAUAUUCGGAAAACAUUUAAAAUUGAUCCAGUAUCUGGGGAAAUUCAUUUGAUAUCACACUUGGAUUUUGAAGAAAUACAGUUCUAUGCCAUAAAUAUUCAGGCAACAGAUGGUGGAGGACUUUCAGAAGAAUGCACUCUUAUGGUUAAUGUGAUAGAUAUAAAUGACAACCCACCAGAAAUUACCAUAUCGUCAUUAACACAGACAAUUCCUGAGAACUCCUCUGAGACCCUUGUCUCUCUGUUUAGUGUUCGAGACAAAGACGCUGGUGAAAAUGGGAGGAUUAUUUGCUCCGUUCAGGAUGACAUCCCCUUUUAUCUGAAACCGACCUUCAAGAAUUUUUUCACUCUAGUUUCCGAAAAAGAACUGGACAGAGAGAGCCAGGCAGAGUACAACAUCACCAUCACGGUGACAGACAUGGGCACUCCAAGGCUGCAAACCCAGCACACCAUCACAGUGCUGGUGUCAGACGUGAACGACAACGCCCCCGCCUUCAGCCAGCCCUCCUACACCCUGCUGGUGGGCGAGAACAACAGCCCCGCCCUGCACAUUGGCAGCGUGAGCGCCACCGACCCCGAUGAGGGCAGCAACGCCCAGGUGACCUACUCGCUGCUGCCGCCCCAAGACCCUCAGCUGCCGCUCGCCUCACUGGUAUCCAUCAACGCCGACAACGGGCAGCUGUUCGCGCUGCGCUCGCUGGACUUCGAGGCCGUGCGCGCCUUCGAGUUCGGCGUGGGCGCGUGGGACCGCGGCUCGCCCGCGCUCGGCAGCCAGGCGCGCGUGCGCGUGCUGGUGCUGGACCGCAACGACAACGCGCCCUUCGUGCUGUACCCGCUGCAGAACGCGUCGGCGCCCUGCAGCGAGCUGGUGCCCAGGGCGGCAGAGGCGGGCUACCUGGUGACCAAGGUGGUGGCGGUGGACGGCGACUCGGGCCAGAACGCCUGGCUGUCGUUCCAGCUGCUCAAGGCCACGGAGCCCGGGCUCUUCAGCGUGUGGGCGCACAAUGGCGAGGUGCGCACCGCGCGACCGCUCAGCGAGCGCGACGCGCCCAAGCACAGGCUGCUGGUGCUGGUCAAGGACAAUGGCGAGCCGCCGCUGUCUGCCAGCGUCACGCUGCACGUGCUGCUGGUGGAUGGCUUCUCGCAGCCCUUCCUGCCGCUGCCCGACGCGCCUGCCGACGCGCCUGCGGACGACCGCCUCACCGUCUACCUGGUGGUGGCCUUGGCCUGCGUGUCGUCGCUCUUCCUCUUCUCCGUGCUGGCCUUCGUGGCUGUGCGCCUGUGCAGGCGGCCCGGCCCGCCCGCAGGGGGCCCCUACCCGCUUCCAGAGGCGCACUUCCCGGGACACCUGUUGGACGUCAGUGGCGCUGGGACCCUGUCGCACAGCUACCAGUAUGAGGUGUGUCUGGCAGGGGGCGCUGCCACCAAUGAGUUCAAGUUUCUGAAACCACUUAUCCCCAAUCUUCCAUUUCAGGACACUGGUAGCGAUGUAGAGGAGAACAUGAACUUUCGGAAUAGCUUCGGAGUUAACAUUCAAUAAGUUAACCAUUCAAUUUUUAUUAACUUUCAGCCCUAGUAUUACCGAUUGCAAGUUGUGAGUAAUUUUUACCUAUUCUAUAUUGGAUUUUGGAUUGUACUAUAAUAGCAUGCAUUAUGUUUUUUGUUUUCCCAAGUUGAAUUACAAUGACUAUAAACAAUCAAUAACUACAACAAAAUUUAAUUAUUUCCUGACAUUCAUUUAUUUGUCAAGGGUACAGUUCAAGUGGUAGAGUUCCUGCUUCAUGGGUUGAAAGCCUUGUGUUUGUUUACUUGCAAUGCUUAUUCCACCCAAGAAUUGAUUGAAAAAUAUGUGUAAACAUAAUUUUAUUAAAUAUUUGCUAAUUUUCAUCCAUAUCAUGUAAUUACUGUUAUGAAGACAAUGUUAUUGUUAUUUGAUCAGGUGAUAUUCAGAGUGGAUGCCACAAUAAAUUAAAUUACUUUAAUCCUUUAUCAAAGCAAAGUAAAAAGUUUUAAAGGCUUAAUCUCAGUGAAAAUUAUACAACUUUAUCACAAUAAUCUUUGGAAAUUUUUACUCUAAAGGGAAAAAUGCUUUUCCCUGUUAUAAUCAUUACUAGAGAAUCCUUCUUAGAUUUUAUUAUAGCAUAUCAACAAUGAAAUUUAUCAUAAAAUUAUCUACCAUGUUACAAAUAAUUGAUUUCAGAAUAAUUUUUACAUAAUUAUUACUGAAUUAUCUUACUGAUGAUAUUGCAAAAGAUGGGUCUAAUGUUUUGGAAUUUGACAUUGCUACUUUGUUUACUAUAAAUACACUAUGCUUAUUUAAA